AUGCCAAACAAUUCGCGGCAUGCAACCAGCAAUGCAGCAACGAACACUGAUCUACGCCAUUUGGAAGAAAUCAACGCUACCUGGAACAAGUGUUUUUUGACAGCAGCUUCAAAAUUCAACAUCAAGAUUGUUUCCAAGGAUCAACCCAAUUGUGAAAAGAUAUACGAGGCAAUUCUACAAGCGCGUGUAGAGGAGCAUACGUCAAGCGCCAGUACCACCAGCGGAGAAACCGAUUCAUGUAUGCUGGAUCCAAGCGCAAAGGCACGUUUCUGCAGCUAG